CUCCCGCCGCCGCCGGGAGGGCUCCGCUGUGAGGGGAAGCAGGGGCGCAGCCGCUGGGCGUGCAUCCGAAAGGUGAGAGCCAGCGAGCGAGCGAGCGAGCGGAGGGGGCGGGCAGGCCACGAAAAUGUCCUCGGCCGUGGGGCCCCGCGGUCCUCGCCCACCCACGGUGCCUCCCCCGAUGCAAGAGCUGCCCGACCUGAGCCACCUGACCGAGGAGGAGAGGAACAUUAUCAUGGCAGUGAUGGACCGGCAGAAGGAAGAGGAGGAAAAAGAAGAAGCCAUGCUCAAGUGUGUUGUCAGGGACAUGGCGAAGCCUGCCGUCUGCAAAACACCAAGAAAUGCUGAAACCCAGCCCCACCAACCUUCACCGAGAUUGCAUCAACAGUUUGAAAGCUACAAGGAACAAGUGAGAAAAAUAGGGGAAGAAGCGCGGCGUUAUCAAGGCGAGCACAAAGAUGAUGCACCAACGUGUGGGAUCUGCCAUAAAACGAAGUUUGCUGAUGGGUGCGGCCAUCUCUGCUCCUACUGCCGCACCAAGUUCUGUGCCCGCUGCGGAGGCCGCGUGUCUCUGCGAUCCAACAACGAGGACAAAGUGGUUAUGUGGGUAUGCAAUUUAUGUCGAAAGCAACAAGAAAUCUUAACCAAAUCCGGGGCGUGGUUCUUUGGAAGUGGCCCUCAGCAGCCAAGUCAGGAUGGAACCCUGAGUGAUACAGCUACAGGCACUGGGUCUGAGGUACCAAGAGAAAAGAAGGCACGACUCCAAGAGCGAUCGAGGUCUCAGACACCCCUGAGCACGGCAGCUGCCUCCUCCCAGGACACUGCUCCUCCGAGCGCCCCACCAGACAGGAGCAAAGGGGUUGAACCCUCACAGCAAGCCGUGGGGCCUGAGCAGAAGCAAGCUUCAUCAAGGUCUAGAAGUGAACCUCCGAGAGAGAGAAAGAAGACUCCAGGGCUUUCUGAGCAGAACGGCAAAGGAGCCCUGAAGGGCGAGCGGAAACGCGUGCCAAAGACGGUGCAGCCCGGGGAGGGGGCUGCGGAAGAAAGGGAGCGGAAAGAAAGGCGGGAAACCCGAAGGCUUGAAAAGGGCCGGUCACAGGAUUACUCCGACGUGCCUGAGAAACGAGAUGAGGGCAAAGAGGCGGAUGAGGAGAAGCAAAGGAAAGAGGAGGAAUACCAGACCAGGUACCGCAGCGACCCGAACCUGGCGCGGUACCCGGUGAAACCGCCGCCCGAGGAGCAGCAGAUGCGGAUGCACGCCCGGGUGUCCCGCGCGAGGCACGAGCGGCGCCACAGCGACGUGGCGCUCCCGCGCACCGAGGCGGGCGCCGCGCCGCCGCCCGAGGCCAAGGGCGGCAAGCGCGCGCCGGCCGCCGCCCCCAGGGCCUCGCCGCCGGACUCGCCGCGGGCCUACUCGGCCGAGAGGACUGCGGAGGCCAGGGCGCCGCUGGGCGCCAAGCCGCUGACGAACCACAGCCCGCCGGCGCCCAGGCACGGGCCGGCCCCCGCAGAAGCCCCAGAGCUCAAAACCCAGGAGCCCCUCAGGAAGCAGAGCCGCCUGGACCCCAGCUCGGCCGUCCUCAUCCGGAAGGCCAAGCGCGAGAAGGUGGAGACCAUGCUGCGGAACGACUCGCUGAGCUCGGACCAGUCCGAGUCCGUGCGGCCGUCCCCUCCCAAGCCGCACCGGUCGAAGAGGGGCGGCAAGAAGCGGCAGAUGUCGGUGAGCAGCUCUGAGGAGGAGGGCGUGUCGACGCCGGAGUACACCAGCUGCGAGGACGUGGAGCUGGAGAGCGAGAGCGUCAGCGAGAAAGGUAAGGAGCGGCGCCCGCCGCGCGGGGACCUUUGCGGGCUGAGAGGAGCCCGCUUUAGACGUGAGGCUUGGCAGGCCCACAGGCGGCGGCGUUAUGGCCAAUCGAAGGUUUUCGUUUUGUUUGUUUUACUUAAUUUAUUUAUUUACUUAGUUUGUGGAAUUUUAAAACGUAACUGCAAGCUCAAAUUUAGGUGGCAAGUGUUCUUAGUGCUUCUGUGUCCCGUCAUUCCGGGAAGUUCACUAGCCAAUCCUUAUGUUUUUAAAAUAUUAUUUGAGGGUGGAUUUAUUUUUCCGGGAAAAAUAACUUCUAGAAAAUGAAAAGUGUGCCUUAGAAAGAGAAUGAAACAUUUUUAAAAAACCAAACAAAAGAAAAACUUCAGUGGUGUAAUAUUCCAGUGACAAAGGUUGCAGAUUUUUUUCUUCAGAUUUCUAGUCUUUCUCACAAUUUGUGAAGAAAUUACAAUUUACCCUUGAACUGCACGGGUCUACUUAUGUGGAUUGUUUCAAUAACUAUAUCAAAAAUUUUUUUAGAGAUUUGAGAUGGUUUGAAAAAACUCACAGAUGAAUUGUGUA